AUGGGUGCGGUGAAGGUGAUCAAGAACAAAGCGUUCUUCAAACGCUUCCAAGUGAAACUAAAAAGGCGACGUCAGGGCAAGACGGACUACUAUGCAAGAAAAAGGCUAACAGUACAAGACAAGAACAAGUACAACACUCCGAAGUACAGACUCAUCGCUCGUUUCACGAACAAGGACAUUGUGGCUCAGAUUGCUUACUCAAAGAUCGAAGGAGACGUCGUGGUAACAGCGGCAUAUUCGCACGAACUUCCCGCCUACGGCAUCAAGGUUGGUCUAACAAACUAUGCUGCUGCGUAUGCCACUGGCCUUUUGCUUGCUCGGCGUCACUUGAAACGGCUUAAUUUGGACGAAACAUUCAAGGGGCAAGAUGAGGUUACCGGUGAGUAUUUCAUUGUUGAAGAGGAAGGAGGUCGCAGGCCGUUCAAGGCGGUACUGGAUGUUGGAUUGUCUCGAACAACAACUGGUUGUAAGAUUUUCGGUCUAAUGAAAGGUGUUGUAGAUGGUGGCAUCGACGUACCACACAGGUUUGGUUUGAGUUUUUUCAUGUUCUGA